UUAAAUCUGAGCGAGGUCAGGUCAUUCACGUGAAAGCAGGUUUGCAGGUUUGGAGGAUACAAUGUUCAAAUUCGCCGGCUACUACUUAUUUGAUAAAACACUUAAAGUGGAAAGUACGUCGCUCAUUCUUGGUAGCGACCAGUUCACCCAAGUGGCAUCCCAGCCGGACCUUGAUGACGACUCGAACUGGAUUGAAAUAAAAUGGCCCACGAGAAAAGAACCAAACAGGACGAUUCCUACAAAGAACUUGUGUCGAAGAAGAAUUUCUUCCUUCUCGGUAAGGAUAUCUGGGCCGAGGAGGAAAGCAGGGGUGUGCGCAUGAAAAAGAAAAUGUGUGAGACCGACGUAGUGAAGCCUAAAACGAAGCUGACAGAUGUUAAUACUGGUCAUGGCAUGGCACCUGGAAUGAAUGAAAUCAUGUCAUCCCUUCACGAUCUGCCGGAAAUGAUUAAAUUAAUGAGGGAGUGUGUGGAGUGUGUCCGGGCAUUGAUGUCCUCGUUUAGGGGGACUCCUUCAUCUGCAGCGUCAUCAUCUUCUGUGGACAGUGAAAUUGAAAUGCACCCCUUGGCAGGCAGCACAGUGACUGUUUCAAAGAGGGCCUUCCUGCUGCUGAAUAGAUCUCGCAUGACCAUUUUUGCCCAGGAGCUGGCUGUCCUGGUAUUCACAAAGGAGGGCCUUGCACAGUCCACCCUAACUGGAAAGUCUGGGAGGGGGGGAGCACCAAAAACACAGCUUGAUGUUGACAAAGUGCAGGCUAUUACAGAAAACAGGUUUCAGCAGGUCUGCCUAAACCAGCUGAGGGACCACUGCAUAAGCUCCGACCUGGGGACUUUGUGGUGAUCAAAAGCUUCAGGAGGAAGAACUGGCAGUCCAGACGCUGGGAAGGACCCUUCCAGAUCCUCCUGGUCACUCACACAGCAGUCAAGGUCGCAGAACAAGCCACGUGGGUGCACGCAACACGCUGCAAACAAGUUCCGGACCCAGGAGAGGUGCCAGGUUCGCUAACACCUGCAACAAGUGACGAGCAGGUUCCCUGCUGAGUCACCUACGAGGGAAAUUGAUUCAGAGACCAACCUGACAGACGGCGUUCUGAGAGAUAGCAAUCUCUGAAAUCAAUCGGGGGAAAACUGGAGUUUUUCUCAUUGAUUUGCAACACACUGAAAGGAGGAGAGAAAGUGUGACCAACAUACUGGUAUUGUACCUUUGACACAGCACAUUCCUGAACAACACUCAUUCUGUUGAGCUCUGACACUCACAGCACAUUCCUUGUUUUCCUUACACUGAGGAACUGUUGACAUUCCUCUGUGACACAGAGCAGUGUGCUCAGGCACACACACACACACAGGAGCAGAGUGCUGUGAUAUGCACAUGAUGGAGCAGCACGAGAAACUACUGAAAUGGUACCCUCCGAGGAGAUUCGGGGGGGUCCAAAUUUGUACUGGGUUUAGUCUUCAUUACUGCAUUUGUGAUCUUUGCAUUCAUAAAGUUAGAAAAAUAUAAUAAACCGCUGACUGAAAUAACCAUUUUUUCCAACACCACUUCUCCCAAUGACACAGACACACCCAGACACACUAGGAACACUAGUGAGGAGCAUGGGAGGGGAAAGCGAGUGACGCGUUCCACAGUUUCUGUGUCUAGGAGUAGAUGGCGUUCAGAGUACAACAGGUAUCACAGAGCUAAUGUUACUAUCAUGGUCAACACUACAUCCACUCUUAUGCUUCAACCCUGUGACUAUGUGUGGUGCGGGGAGAAAGGAGCAUCAAUCGGAGAGAGAGAGGUAUAUGUAUGUUACAUUGCAGUGAUAAUGGAUUUAGGAUACUACAAGAGAAGCAGGCUGUUUGGGUUACGGGUGAUGUAGGUUGGGGCUAUGAAGUUCCUAACGACCACACAAACCUAACCAAUAGAUUGUCAAUAAAGAAAGUAAACUAUUCCUCAACAGGCAUCUUGUUAACAUUGACCAAUGCUCAGUAUUCCGACCAAGGUUACUUCGUUGUGUGUAUUAUGACCUUAGGGAGGCUUCCCUGCGGAUCUUUCUACCUUGAAGUAAUCUCACCUCACACAUUUCACACAGAAUCAACACAUUUGACGCAGACUUUUGAUCUUCUGAUGAGAAUGAUGCAUUCUCCAGAAUCAUGUUCAAGAAGCUCUAAACAGGUUGUUGCAGCGUGUAAAGCAUGUUUCCUUCA